UCUGUGUUAGCAUCAUGAGAGCAGCAUCGUUAAAGCGGUGGGGCCUCAUAAUGGGGUGCAUUGGGCUCCUCUUUUAUAUGGGCAUGUAUGUGAGGAAUGGAUAUGAGUCAAGAGUGGCUAACAAAGAGCUGGACUCGUCUCAGAGUAACCUGGAGGAAAGUGUCACUAAUCUCUACAAAGUCAUGAAAGCUUUUGAGCAAAAGCAGGAUGCCAUGCAGAAAAUACUUGAAGAGGACAGAAUAAGCCAGAGAAAGGUUGCAGAGGUCCUACAGGAAGCAAUCCAAGCUCAGUUGGAGCAUAAGGAGCACCAUGUUGCAAAGAUCCUGCCCCAACAGGAGAAAUCUAGCAAACUGUUCCCUAAAUCUGCCCUCUUCAAAGAGUGGGGAGAGAAUCUGUCUGAGGAAGACCAAAAAGAAGCGCAGGAUCUGUUUGAGAAGUACGGAUAUAAUGUUUUUCUCAGUGAUCGCCUUCCUCUAGAUCGAGCUCUUCCAGAUACAAGAGAUCCAAGGUGCUUAAACAAAACUUAUCCAAAAGACCUGCCAAGUCUUGGAGUAGUGCUGAUCUACCUGAAUGAAGCUUUGUCCAUCAUCAAAAGAGCCCUGCGCAGCAUCAUUGAUCGCACCCCUAAAAACCUGUUGAAGGAGAUCAUUCUGGUGGAUGACAACAGCUCUAAUGAGAACCUGAAGGGCGAUCUUGAUAUUUAUGUAAAGUCCCUUGAGCAGCAGAAUCCAGGUCUCAGUAUUAAAAGAGUUCGGCACAGUGAGCAGCUAGGUCUGGCCCAUGCCAGAGUGUCUGGGUGGAGAGCCGCCACUGCCGACGUGGUGGCUAUCCUGGAUGCUCACAUUGAAGUCCAUGAGAUGUGGGCUGAACCCUUGCUGACCCAGAUCAAAGCUGACCGAACGGUGGUGGUGUCCCCUGUGUUUGACAGGGUCAACUUUGAUGAUCUGAAGGUUAUCCAGUACCGUCCAGCUGCUCAUGCCUUUGACUGGGCUUUGUGGUGCAUGUAUGAGGGGUUCUCACCCGACUACUACACACUUAACGACAGCUCGUUGCCCGGAAAGAGUCCAUCUGUCAUGGGGAUUCUUGUGGCCGAUAGGAAAUUUCUUGGAGAAAUCGGAGUCCUUGAUGAAGGAAUGAAAGUCUAUGGUGGAGAAAAUGUGGAGCUGGGAAUUCGUGUGUGGACAUGUGGAGGCAGUAUUGAAGUAGUUCCGUGCUCCAAGAUUGCUCAUAUCGAGCGGGCCCACAAGCCUUACAUGCCAGACCUGAGCCUAGCCAUGAAGAGAAAUGCCCUCAGGGUUGCAGAAAUCUGGAUGGAUGAAUACAAACACAACAUCAACUUGGCGUGGAACUUGCCAUUUGAGAAUCAUGGAAUUGACAUCGGAGAUGUCUCUGAGAGGAAGAAACUUAGAGAAAAGCUGAAUUGCAAACCUUUCAAAUGGUACCUGGAAAAUGUGUAUCCUAAGUUAGAUCCCUGGGAGAACCUGCUUGCCUACGGUGGGCUGAGGAAUCUUGAUGCUGAUAUGUGCAUAGACCAAGGUCCCGUACCGGGUCACACACCUAUUGCUUACCACUGCCACUACUACAGACCUCAAUUCACAUAUUACCGCAAAACUGGAGAGCUCUACAUCGGCGGCAUCAAGUCGCAUAAGUACAAUGACAACCGGUGUUUGACUGACAAAGGCGAGAAAAUAACCGAGCCUGGACUGUAUAACUGCAAAGAGGCUAUGCAGAAAAGAAUGGCGAUAUACUGGGAUUUCACUCAGGGUAAAGAACUGAGGAACAGACAGACCAAGAGAUGCCUGGAAAUUGAAAUGAUGAAACUUCUCAUACGAGAAUGCACAGGUCAAAGAUGGGAAAUCCAAAACAUAAUCAAACCCUUUUAAAGAGUGUUUACGGGACAAGAAGGGAUAUCUCCUGCUUACAGCUGCGUGGAUAAUAUAAAACGAAUCUGUGAAAUGUAAAAGGACAUAUUAUAAUUGUUUUUCAUUAAAUUUUUACCUCAGAAUGGGUUCGGGAAAAAUAAAAAAUUCUGGCUGAUUUACUAAAUGUGAGUGGAUGUUAAGGUUAUAUGAGAUUUUAAUAUUUAUUAUUUUUGUUAACUGGAUAGUCUGAGUUUAUUUAAAAAAAGAGAAUAAUAACUUGCUACAACCACUGAUUUUCUUUUUGACCUUAGAUA